CGUAGGCGCCCGCCGGCGACGCAGACACCGCGGCGCGCCGCCACGCACCACGCCCAGCAGCCGCUGGAUGGAGCCGUGAGGAUGCCAGCAGACAAGAUGUUCCCCGGGCUGGUGCUUCCGCCAAAGGCCCUGGAAGCCGACGGGGACCUCGCGGUCGGCAAGGCGGCCGUCGUCAAACACGCGCCUCUGGCCGCCUGCGAGGACGACGACACCGGGAAGGUGUGCAGCGCGCUGCCCCCUCCGCCCCCACAGCCGCCGCCCCCGCAGUUGCCACCAGAGUGGCAGCGCCGCGCCCAGGAGGAACUCAACGAGCGCCCAGACACCUUGCGCCAGGACAUAGACACCUUCCGCAGCAUGGUCGUCGCUGAAAAAAAUCUCCACGUUCGCACAGACGACGACUUCCUGCUGAGGUUCCUGAGGGCCAGGAAGUUUAACUGCGCCAAGGCCUUCCACAUGUUGCAGCGGUACUACGUGAUGAAGCUGCGCUGCCCGGAGCUGUUCCGCGUGCCGCGGCCCUCGGAGAAGAGGCACAUCCUCGAGAUGCAGGUGCAGAACAUGCUGGACGACCGCGACGGCUACGGCCGCAGGGUCUACAUCUUCAGGGUCGAGCGAUGCGACGCAGCACAGGUGAGCAUAGAGGACAUCUUCCGCACGAACGUGCUGGCUUUGGAGCAGAUCGUCCAGGAGCCAGAGACACAGGUGGCCGGCCUCACCGUGCUGGUCGAUAUGAACGGCUUCGGCCUGCAGCACGCCAAGUUCCUCUCGCCCUACUACGCACGGCGCACUGUCGAGGUCAUACAGGAAACAUUUCCACUACGUUUCAAAGGAUUCCAUGUCAUAAACCAGCCAUUCUACUUUGAUGCAGUAUUUGCAGUUCUGAAACCUUUCCUCAAAGACAAGAUACGGAGAAGGAUUUACUUGCAUGGACGCGAUCUAAAUUCACUCCAUGCUUUCAUUAGUCCUGAUAUCCUGCCACAAGAAUAUGGUGGUCAAAAACCACCAUUUGAUAAUCAAGCAUGGAGAAUGAAGCUAUUGGCAAAUGAAGAUAAGUUUGUUGAAUUGGAGACUUACGGUUACAAGGUGGAUGAAUUACCGGUACCUGAAGAGAAUGAUUUUGACAGUUAAUGAUGCAUGCCUACUAGUUAUUUUAAAUAAAGAUUUGUUGUUUACAAAA